CAUAGAUUGGGUUGAUCCAAACUGGGUCGUUUUUCAUUCAAGUGGCCAAGCCCUGGCCGCCCAGCAGCGGAUCGUCGAAGCGGCAGGCUCAUCUGCGAAGAAGGGACCUUGGUCUGUGACCAAUUCCACAGUUAUGCCUCCGAGCGGUAACAGGCACGACUACCUCAGCUGGGCACCAUAUCACUGGCCAGAUUGCAAUUGGUGCCCCUCCCAAUCCAGCAUCGAAAGCAGGGAAUUCUUCGACGUCGUCAUUUCUCCCCCGGGCCUUCGAGAACAGUCGAUACUUGAGCACCCGGCUUCCAACGAUCCCUCUCGUUAUGAUCUUUUCAGUGCUAAUGAUCUGCCCCCAUGGCUCCCUCCUACAAUCGAUCACAGCCAGGAUAUCUCGUUGGACGUGCCAGUCGCAAAGUCCCCCAUAGGGAUCUCACCUCCAAACGACGAAAGCGACUCAUCUCCGACCCCCAACAUCCCUAUUUUAUCUGAUCGACCUCUUAUAGUUGGACCUACGGCAGUCAUGGCUACCCCUUCCUCGCCUAUGCAGGUAUCAACAGGCACCGCAACUACUACUUCCAAUAUUGCAACAGGGACUCUGAGGCCCGCGAAAAACCCUGUGAAGACAUCGACUUCAAGUCCCAACUGCACCCCAUCUCCCACCAAAAGCAUGCCCCCCAGCGCAACGUGGACGACUUGUCCAUACAUUACAAAAGAUGGUCAACGCAAUCCUGAUGUCAACCUACCAGGCGACAGCUCCUCGAUGGUGUCCAUGUCACAAGCUGUGCUCUAUAACUCUCUAGCCGCCGUUCUUAGUAAAACACCCGCAAAGUACUCUCAGACCGCUGUCUCGCUAGUGAAUACUUGGUUUAUCGAUCCUCAAACGGCAAUGAACCCUCACGCACAAUAUGGCCAAGUGGUUAGGGGUCCAGGGAUUCAACAUGGGGAUUUCAUGGGGGUACUGGACCUUCGUGCGCUAAUCCAGAUCAUCAAUGGGAUCCUGAUCCUCAAAGCGGCAAAUGAUUCCAAUUGGACACCUUCAAUGGAAAGGGAUAUGCAGGCCUGGAUCGCCAAUUACGAUCACUGGAUGGUAACCAGUGACAUUGGACGCAAAGCUGGAGAAGCUGCAAAUAAUCACGGCACUUUUUGGAUGAGCCAGAUCGGCGGAAUCAAGUUGUACCGGAAUGACCCAGGGGGAGUCCGGGAGGGGAUGCAGUAUUAUUUCACCCAUCAAUUUCUUGACCAGAUAGCGGCAAGUGGCGAGCAGCCAUUUGAGGCCGUACGCACUCGACCAUUUCACUAUCGGUGUUUUAAUUUAGAGGGGAUGAUGACUAACGCCAAACUAGCACAGCAGGCUGGAUUGGACAUGUGGGAUGCCAGAUCUCGGUACGGUGGAACCAUCCAAGCGGCUACGGACUUCCUGAUGCGAGUGGAUCCUAAGGAUGAGGACGUGAAGGAGCUACUUCCCCAUGUUGCAACUGCGUGGGCUGUGUUCGGAGACCCCACGGGCAAGUACCGUUCCUUCUUGGAAAGAGCAGAUCCCACAUAUCAAAGCCAGCCAUGGUGGCUCUACGAUCAGCCCAACGCCAUAAAACCCGCUCGAGCUCCCUCUCCCAGCCCGUCGAGCCGACUUCGGUGGCAGAAGAGGAACAGAACCGCAAAAACAGACAGCCAGAAUAUCGUCAAGCCUGCCGCGUUCUUAGACACCGACACCAUUCAGCUGGAUGAUGGCGUUUUCGUGACCUGGGAGGAUCUGCAGCCUUAUUACGUCCUAGAUUCUCCUGACAACACGUCGAUGGCGGGAUCUACAAGCGCGCGUCGCGAUUCUGUUGAAGAUCGUGGCAUGCAACUCAGGAGACACAUUGAGAAAUUUGCAAGACCAAAGUGGAAAAAAUCUCUCUGAUCCGAUCAUAUCUGAAGCAAUUGUCGUAGUUCUGGUCUUGCUAAUGGAAGCUAGUAGACCGCCACGAUGGUGUUUAUUUCAUGCCCUUUUGUUCUCCCGUUGAUUUUCACCGUUAAAGCUCGUAAUGUAUGUAGAUGCUCGCCGUUUGCUGGAUCUUUCAUUCAUGUGUGAAUAUAAACUGCAAAGCAGGAGCACUUGAGCCCAAAA